ACCGGCGUGAAGCCCUCUCUAGACAAAUCGAAGAUUGUUUUUGCGGCGUCUUGCUGGUGCUUUUUGGGGGCUGAAGAUCUGGGUGUGAUCGUUAUUGCGAGUUGGGUUUGGGUACUUUUCGUGGAUCUCCUUUGAUGUUUAGUGGGUAUUGUUUCUGAGAGUUCCGAGGUGUCUUGGUUAAGCUGUUUUGAGAAAUGGCGCCUUACUCGGGUAAGUAUGCUGAGGAGCUCCAGGCCACCGCCAAGUAUGUUGCCACCCCCGGGAAGGGUAUUCUUGCUGCCGAUGAGAGUACGGGUACCAUUGGGAAGCGGCUAUCGAGCAUCAAGGUUGAGAAUGUUGAGGCCAACAGGCAAGCUCUUAGAGAGCUUCUGUUCACCACUCCCGGGGUGGGCGAAUAUUUGAGUGGGGUCAUUCUCUUCGAAGAGACCCUGUACCAGAAAACUUCCGAUGGAAAGCCCUUUGUUGACGUCAUGAAGGAGAACGGCAUCAUUCCCGGAAUUAAGGUGGACAAAGGUACCAUUGAGCUUUGGGGAACGAAUGGAGAGACAACCACCCAGGGUUUCGACGACCUCCACAAGAGGUGUGCUGCGUACUACAACGCAGGUGCACGAUUCGCCAAGUGGAGAGCCGUGUUGAAGAUCGGAGCGCUUGAGCCCACCGAGCUUGCUAUCCAACAGAAUGCGCAAGGACUGGCAAGAUAUGCUAUCAUCUGCCAAGAGAAUGGUCUUGUGCCUAUCGUUGAGCCCGAGAUUCUUGUCGAUGGCUUACACUCCAUUGAAAAGUGUGCUGAGGUGACUGAGAAGGUGUUGGCUGCAUGCUACAAAGCCCUCAACGAUCAGAAUGUCCUGUUGGAAGGUACUCUUUUGAAACCGAACAUGGUGACGCCCGGAUCGGACGCCGAAAAGGUGUCCCCUGAGGUGGUUGCCCAGUACACUGUCCGGACUCUCCAAAGGACCGUCCCUCCUGCAGUUCCAGGCAUCGUUUUCUUGUCUGGCGGACAAUCCGAGGAGGAGGCUACCCGGAACUUGAAUGCAAUGAACGCGCUGAAGACAACCAAGCCCUGGACCCUGUCAUUCUCUUUUGGUCGUGCCUUGCAGGCCACCGUUUUGAAGACAUGGGGCGGGAAGAAGGAGAAUGUGAAGGCUGCACAGGAUGCUCUUCAUGUACGUGCUAAGGCCAACUCCGAAGCUACUUUGGGUACCUACGGUGGAAGCUCAACAGGUGAAGGCACAGAGAGCUUGCAUGUGAAGAACUACGUGUACUAGGUUUUACCCUUCUAGUGACAAGAGUUUCUCUUUGUAGAUCUGGCGUUUCUUAUGCUCUUUUAUUUUUUUAAAUAAACGUCUCUUGGUCAGUUCCCAACCA